AUGCGCUGCCUUGUGGGCCAAGGGGGCCGGCCGCCUGGCCGGGCAGGGAAAGAUGCCAGGCUGCUCGGGUGGCUUGUGGGCCGGGCGGCAGGCGGCCACCAUGCAGAGUGGGCGGGGCUGAUCAAACAUUGUGUCGCCCAUCACGUGACAUAUAAUUUCUACGCCCAAGGCAGCUGCCCAUUCUGCCCAAUGGGCGGUCCGCCUCUGCAGAGGAGUAGCAGCGGAGAGGAGGACUGGGACAGAAAUUACAAGGGUGGAACUGCACUGGUUCUCAAGUCCAGAGCAAACAAACAAAAAAGAAAAAGAGUUACAUCUGUUGUCUCUUGGACAACCCGCAAAUUGCUUGGAUUGGAAGUGGAGCCCCCUGAAGCCAUGCCAUCCGACAAUUGCAUUUAUUCAAUCAACCUUCAUUUUCCCCCCAAAGCGGAGGUGCUGGCAUUCUUGGACCACCAAGGCAGAAGACCCCAACGACAAGCUCUCGCUGUAGUCAAUUUUGGAAAUGAAGAGGAUCCAAAUAUCACUGAAUAUGUAGUGGGUCCUCUUCCAAAGCCAACAUAUCAUCAAGACAUCACAGUUGAGAAGUAUGGAGGGAAGCUACCAUAUUACCGAAGAUUUCUUUCAGGUCGUGACCGAGACAUAAUCAAUACUCUCUUUAUGCGCGAGGAAUAUCCUAAAGCUCCAAACUUUAUGCGCCAGGUAUUUGAUUAUAACGAGAAUGACUUUUUUCUGCUUCCUGGUCUCCCGCCGGGAUUUAAAUCAGGAGACAGAAAUGUGUGGAUGACUCAUUUCCAGAAUGUAUCUGGUUCGUAUUCACAUCCUGUUGGACUGGAGCUGGAGGUGGAUAUUAGCAGCUUGGAUACUUCUCAGUGGAAAGUUCUGAAUGUGUUCUACAAUGGACAGUACUUUGAGGACAUGGAAGACCUUGAAAGACAGUUCAACGAGGGAAGAGUUCGAGUGGCCAAGGUGAAGAAGGCUCCUCAUGACGGGGGGUUCUCAUCGCUGAAACCAAGAGUCCCGCCAGAGUGGCCAGGCCCUUUGCAAUACGAGCCCCGCGGUCCCCGCUACUGCGUCAGGGACAACCAGGUCACCUUCAUGUCUUGGAGUUUUGCGUUUGGAAUGGAAGUGAACAGAGGACCACGGCUCUUUGACGUUAGGUUUGAAGGUGAGAGGAUAGCCUAUGAGUUAAGUGUGCAAGAUGCCGCUUCCCUCUAUGGGUCCAAUAGUCCAGCGACAAUGGAUGCCAUUUACAUGGACCUAGGUUUUGCCCUUGGGAGAGAUGCCGUCACCCUCACCCGGGGAGUGGAUUGUCCUUACCUAGCUACGUACUUGGAUAGGCACUAUAUGCAUGAGUCUGCAUUACCUAUCACCCGCCAAAACUCUAUCUGUAUCUUUGAGCAAAAUGCUGCGAUUCCGAUACGGCGCCAUUAUGACCAGUCGGACCCUAAAUUUUAUGGAGGGCUGGUUGAUUCCGUUCUGGUCUUCAGGGCCAUUUCUACAAUGGUGAACUAUGACUAUGUCUGGGAUUUUGUGUUUCAUCAAAAUGGAGCGGUUGGCGUCAAGAUACAUGCUACUGGAUAUUUUUUUUCUUCGUUCUUCUUCGAUGAUGCCGCGGAUUUCGGGAACCGAGUCCAGGAAUUUACGCUGGGAACCAUGCACACUCACAAUAUUCAUUACAAAGCGGACUUGGACGUUGGUGAAAGGCUGAUGGAAGAGGAAAAAUGCCGCCUGCUCUCGACCAGCAGUUUCUUGGAUUCCCUGUGA